AACAAAAUCUUAUCGUGCUGCCGCCGUGCCGUGAAUUUUACCGAAAAAUUCGUUAAAAAACUCUUAUUUAAGUAGAUUAAACCUAAGCAAGAACAUGGUGUACCUUCCCUGCCUGUUCCAUGUUCGCUCAGCAGCAAUCGCUGGUUUGCUAGUGCUGGUAUCGCUGCUACCGACGUCGCAGGAGGCGGAAAUAGAUUGCAACAGUUUGCGGAUGGGUCAGUUCCUCUGUCCGGAUCCGUCGCUGCGCCAGAUCGAUCCCCGCACCCAGCAGCUAUACGGAUGCACCAAGGAGAACAAGGCUCGCGUCUGGUGCAUAGCGGCCGAUGGUAUUGUAUGUAGCGAGACGAAGAAUGCCAGCUUCACCCGGGAACUGCCCUGCAAAUGGACCAAUGGUUAUCACUUCGAUACGGCCCUGCUGCUGUCCGUGUUUUUGGGAAUGUUCGGAGCGGAUCGAUUCUACCUCGGAUACCCGGCACUGGGAUUGCUGAAGUUCUGUACACUCGGUUUUAUGUUUCUCGGUCAGCUGGUUGACGUGAUACUGAUAGCGACACAGGUCGUUGGACCAGCCGAUGGAUCGGCAUACAUCAUCCCCUACUACGGCCCAGUGAUAACGGUGGUGCGGAGCGAUAACUGGACGUACAGGUUACCGCAGGAUAACUGGUGAUUGCUGGCCAACGUUUUCCGGCUAUCCCGGUGGCCAAAGACGCUGAACUGAGUCGAGAUGGAGGAAUCGGCUGUGCCACGAUUCCUUUCCACGAGAGAUCUUACAAACGAGAACUCCUGAUUGCUCCCGUAUUUUGUGAGGAAUCGGGGAUAGCAUAAUGUGAUACGAAUAGAUAGCCGAGUAGUAAUAGAAACCGUUACAAUUCGUAAGAAUAAAAAUGUUAAUACACCACCAGAUAGACUUCAUACGCCAGCGAGACGCCCCAUCGAAGCGGGAUGCAAUCGAAAAGCUGCGGUGUGGUACCAUAGAAUUAGUCUGCCCAGUUUGUGCUGGCCAUUGCAGGAUGGCCUCCAAU